AUGUCCGACGAGAAGGCAAAGUUAGCCGAGGCCGAGGGCCUCAAACGUCUUGCCUUCUUCGGCAUUGCCAUCUCCACCGUUGCCACAUUAACUGCCAUCGUGGCCGUCCCUAUGCUCUAUAACUAUAUGCAGCAUGUACAGUCCUCUCUUCAGAAUGAGGUCGAAUUCUGCCGUCACCGUACUGAUGGGCUUUGGGACGAAUUCCGUCGGUUUGAAUCCGCAAAAGGAGUAGACAGCCGUAUCAAGAGACACACUUGGCAGCAGCACUUCCGUGUUCCUGCUAGAGCUCGUGGUGCAGGCACAUACUCCGAAGGUCCUGCCGUCGGAGGAGGCGGCGGCGGUGGCGGCGGUACAUGCUGCUCUUGCGGAAUCGGUGCUGCCGGUCCUCCUGGUCCACCUGGAGCUGAUGGAAACCCCGGAAGAGAUGGAUCUCCAGGAAACCCAGGAUCACCUGGAGCUGAUGCCAGUGCUAGUGCCGCUCCUAGAGCUUCCGAUUUCUGCUUUGACUGCCCACCUGGACCUGCUGGCCCCGCUGGAAACCCUGGACCUCCUGGACCUCCUGGAGCACCUGGAGCUCCCGGCCACAGCCCUCAGUCCGGAGGAUCUGGACCUCCUGGACCACCCGGUCCACCAGGACCCCCUGGAAACGACGGACAACCUGGAGCACCCGGAAAUCCAGGAAGACCUGGACAAACUAUCGAAGUUCCCGGAACUCCUGGACCAGCUGGACCACCUGGACCUCAAGGACCACCUGGAGCACCUGGAAAUCCAGGAGCUCCUGGAAGCUCACAGCCCGGACCACCAGGACCCCCAGGAGACCCAGGACCAGAUGGAGCGCCAGGUAACCCUGGAGCACCUGGAAGUCCUGGAGAAAAUGGUGCAGCUGGUAGCGGCGGUGGUUGCGAUCACUGUCCUCCACCUCGAACAGCACCAGGAUAUUAA